AAACGGGGAAGCCUGCAGAUCUCUGGUGCUUUCCGCGGAAAUGGAGCAAAUUAAAAAACAAACAAAAAAAAAAACCCCAGCAGAUUUGACUAACAGGCGGUGACUGUGCGUUUAUGGCCAUUUUGUGCAGAGGAAGCGCAGCCUGGCUUGUUGCUGCUGCAGCCCCUGGUCCACCGAUCGAGUGCUCCCUGCCCUACAGCCUGUAUCUGAUCAUCAUACAGAGAUUUCCCUCCCUGCUGCAUGCGUAACAUCUCUCCAAGUCCAGCCGUGGUGCUCACCGAGACCUCGCUGCUUGGAUUUCAUCUUCCUACACGGAAUACGCACGACUCCCACUGAGCGAGCUGCUGAGGCGAAAUUAAAACGCCAGGAUUCAUCUGUUCGGGUUCAGUCCAGACCGAAACGAGGCUGGGAUUUCCACUUAUCAUUUGAUUUUUGACAGAUCCUGUUUUUGUGUGCGUGUGUGCGAGCGUGCGUGUGUAUGUGUGUUGGGUGGAGUCAACCCGGAAUUCUCCAAAUUGGAAAAGCAUUGGCACAUUUCAGGAGCACCAUGAAGGACGGUAUUGCCAACAACAGCACAGCCAGCAUCUCCCAAGCCAGGAAAGCUGUUGAGCAGCUGAAGAUGGAGGCCUGCAUGGACAGGAUAAAGGUAUCCAAAGCGGCUGCAGACCUCAUGGCGUACUGCGAUGCCCACAUACGCGAGGACCCCCUCAUUGUGCCCGUCCCAGCCUCUGAGAAUCCUUUUCGGGAGAAGAAGUUCUUCUGCACCAUCCUCUGAUGACGUGCCGGUAGAGCUGCACAGGCACAGGCAUGGCGUUGCCUGGCUUCUCUGUCUUCACCACACCUGAAGCUACUGGCCACAGGCGUUGAGUUGAGUUUUGCCAGAUGGACAUUCUGUUUUUGGUCAGCUCUGUCCUUGUGGCUGAAGGUUUUGGGAGAGUCAGCUACCAAACUGGCAACCCAGUGAGCAUAUUAUGUCUUGUUAAAUAGGUUUGUUAUUGCUUUGUUAUUAGAGAACAGCCUUGCUCAGUGCUUAAUGAGAUGAGAGAUGUGUUUUUUCUGUUAUUGUGCUAGAUCUUAACAUGCCUCAGGAAACAGAAAUUUGCCCAGUGUCUAUGACUUUUUAAAAUAUUUAUCCCCCUUCCCUUUAGCUGAAUAAAAAACAUUCAUUUUUGAAUCUAAUUUGAGUUAAUUUUUUAUGGCUUUCACUCCACAGGUUUGACUAUUUGUAGCAACACUUACUGAAAGUAACACUGAAAUUUGACACCUCUCAGUGGUUUCCAUUUCAUUUUGCCCCCAGAAUUUCCAACAAUUAACCUGCUCGUGUUAGCACUGCAGCACUGUCAGGUUCCAAUUAGAGCUCAGAAACAGAAGCCUUAUCUCACACAGUGAAUUAUUUCAGUUGUCCAAACUGCACUCAUAAUAAGAAGGUGGCAGCUGCACAUCAGUUCUGCUGCAAAUAAACAAAGAGACUCUGUUUAUUGAAAGGCGCAGAGCUAUUGUUUCAGCAGUGAGAUGAAUUCUUCAGGGUUAUCACUGUGCAAACAACCCUUAAGUCAAAAAUUAUUUAUGAAUCUGCCUCCUCCUUCCAGGCCCGCUCUAAUGCAUUCUACCUUUACCACUCUGUUUGAUUUGCUUUUUUCUAUUCUUCAUCCACUUCAAAUGAGAGACAAUAUCGCUUUGUCCUGCAGCCCCCAACUGGAAUAUUUUUUUACAAGUUGCAGGGUAUCUUUUCCUCUUACUUCCAUAAGUGUCUCAUUUGUUUUCUGGGCAUGUUUCCUGAGCCUGAUUCGUUUUGCCUGUCCUAGAGUGAAUGGCGAGGCCUUUGACAUUUAUGCCAAACCAGAGGCCUGCAUGUUUCUCUGCUUCUUUUUUGACAGCCUCCUCUGUUUCCGAGGGACUGUCAGUCCUUUAGAGUGUACAGUAUGUUACAGUGCCAAUUUCUGUGAGAGCAGUGUGAUCUUCACACGGUGGUCCCACAGCCUUUUUCCGUUUGGUUUGGUUUGGUUUUGGAAGAAAAAGCACACUGUUGAAACAUUUCCUUUACAUGGUAGUUGAAUAGCAUUUGCAAAUUUUUAUGAUGAAAUGUUAUGAUCGUUAUUAAUAUUGUUAUUAUCAGUAGUAUUAUAUAUUUGUUGCACAGCACUGACAGCUACAUGAUGUGUAGUGCUAUUAAGCUUGUAUGAUAGAGAAAAACAUUUAUAAAUCAUGCAGCUAUUGAUACUGUCUGAGUAUUUUUUAAAAAUAAUGAUAAGGGUCAAUUUACAUAAUAUGAUCCCUUCAGUGGUUCAGGCUUUUUGCAUUGUUUCUGUAAAAUUAAUAGAAAUUUCCUCUUAGUACUUGAGUAGUCAUUGCAGUAGAAAUCAAAGUCUGACACCAGACUGUCAAACACAAACUACUGGACUCAAAUUGUUUUCAGGAUAAUUACUGUUACUAUUACCUGUCUGGAAACCUGAGGCUAACUUCAGGGUGCUCUCACUGACCUCAUCUUAAGGAUGGUGCCAAAUCUCAAACUAGUAUAUCAGCUAGACAUGAAUAUUGCAUGGAUUUAUUUCUAUCUGUGAAAAAGUCUUAGGCCACCAUUAGUUUUGCUGCUUUGGCACAGUUGUAAUGAUCAUUUAUAUUUAUUCCUCAGUCUCUUUAUUAAGAUGUAACCAGAAAAUAAAAAAUGUAUAUACACAGUAUUUUUUAAGAAAGGCGAAAAGCAAACAUGGCUUCUACAGUCUAAGCUCAGUCUUUAGUGUGACCUCCCCUUGUAUUUAGCACAGUUUGAAUUCUUUUAGGGAAACUGUGUUGAAGUCUUGAAACCAUGACAGACCCUCCAACCUGUUUCACAGAAGGAUACAAGCACUGAUUCUUCCAACUCUUCUCCUCACAUACUGUUGAUGAUUGGAUCCAAAAAUUUCAAACUUUUAUUCAUCACUCCAUGAUCUUCAUUCCAGACUUUGUGAGCUUUUGCAUAUCUCAGUCCUUUCCCUCUGUCCCCUUCUGAAAAACUGGUUUCUUGGCUGCUGCCCUUCCACAAAGGUUGUUCCUGGUCAAGCUUCUUCGGACUGUGGAAGGAUCAACUUGGCAUCCAGAUGAAGAUGCCAGAUGCUGAGCCAGGUCCUUGUUGGAUUUCUUCUGGUCUCUCAAAGAAGAACCUCUGAGAAACUUCUCAUCAGAUUUGAACAGUUUUGUUUGUCUUCUGCUCCUGUUUUUGUUCUCAACGUCUCCAGAUUCUGCAUAUUUCUUUGGAACAGUUUGAAUACCACAUGAUAUUCUGAUAAAGAGACUGAGAAAUAAAUCUAUACAAGAAAAGGUAAUGGCACUGUUUGAGAUUUCCUGGUUUUCUGC